UAACAUUGGUUUUCUUGUUGUCAUGGCAAUGGUGUCUGGGAAGAUUAAAAAGGAUUGAAAAUUUUAUUAGAUGUGUUUCUUUAGAAAAGGAAUGGAAAGGUUUUAAUAGAUGUAUUCGUUUGAAAAAAGGAUUCUGUUUGCUAACAAACAUGAAUUCGCCCAGUCGUGCUGAAAUCCACUUCGAAGACAUGCGAUGCUGUCGUUCCUGUCUGUCCGUGGCUUCAGAAAAUGAGCUUGAAGAUUAUAUUGAUCUGCUGGAGACUUUUACCACUGAUUGUGUAACUACUACCUUACUAGAGGCCUUCAAUAAAUGCACUUCAUUAAAUGUACUGAUAGAAGAUUUUAUUAUUGAAGGAUAUCCGCCUUGUCAUUACAUAUGUGGACGUUGUCGUUUAGAACUCUCUCAAGCUAAUGAGUUUAUAACUCGAGCACAACUAAAUAACCAGUUAUUAAAAGAACAAUAUAACCGUGAAAAAUCAGUACAUUCGGCAAUAAGCGAUACUGAGAUUCUUGAAAUUGAAAUUAAAAAUGAAUCGCUUGCUCAAAAAUCGAAACAUGAUGAAAAAGCAGAUGAAUUGAAAACUGUGUUAAAAAGGGAAUAUAUCAGCGCCAAAUCAGUACAUUCGCCAAUAAGUGAUACUCAGAUUCUUGAAAUUGAAAUAAAAAAUGAAUCGCUUGUUCAAAAAUGGGAGCAUGAUGAAAAAGCAGAUGAAUUGAAAACUGUGAGUAUUACAGAGGUUGAGUUUGUCAACCAGAAUUCUCCCGAACCGGCUGCCAGUGAGAUCCUUGAGCCGACGAAUGAAGAUAUUCAAGAAGAUAACGAAAUUACGCCAACUACACUAAUAAGUGUUGAGCGCGUAAUUUCUAACGAUGAUAAAAAUUCUGUAAAUAAUUCCCAGACAUCGAUAAGUAGUAAUGAAUCUGUACUAAGUGCUAACAUCUCCCGAAAUGAAGACGAUGGAAAUAUUGAAGAAACAGAUAAGGCUUAUUUUGAAUUCAAAUGUGAGUUUUGUACUUGCAUAUUCGAGUUUCAAAGAGAUUUACUGCAACACUAUGAAAUAGAUCACGCGGACAAAACACUUAAUUUUCCUUGCGACAUUUGCCAAAAUCGAUUUGUAACGAAAAAUGCUUUGCGUCUGCAUCGUCGUCAAGUGCAUCAAAAAGAUGAAUAUCUGGAUUGUGAGCAUUGUGGACGUACCGUAUUAAAAACAUUCUAUAACGUACACUUGAGACGCCACAAACAACUUAAAUUCUUAUGUAGCAAAUGCCCAAAACGUUGUGUUUCACGUUACACACUCAAGAAACAUAUGGAAUUGCACUCCGAAGAGCGUGAUCGCAAUAUUGAAUGCGAUUGUGGUAAACGUUUCUAUUCAUUGGAACAUCUACAAUUACAUCAAACCAUUCACAUUUCACCAGAAGAUAGAGCAGUAUUCGAAUGUACUGUUUGUUCUAAAACAUUCUUACGCAAAGCGAAUCUUGGUUUACAUAUGCAAAUGCAUCGCGGCGAGACUAUGGAUUGUCCGCAUUGCGAUAAGAAAUUUGUAAGACGUAAAGAUCUCGAAAUACAUAUACGUUUCCAUACUGGCGAUUUUCCAUACUCUUGUUCGAUGUGUGACCGAAAGUUCGCCAUUAAAGGGCAUCUUAAUUACCAUGAGAAACGUCAUCUGGGCGUGCGUUACAAAUGUGACCAAUGCGAGAAAACAUUUAUAAAUUUGGCCGGUUUGCGACAACAUCAGUAUGAGCAUACGGGUAUGCCAUUAAUGUGUAGCGUUUGUCAACGUGGCUUUCCAACUAAAUUCAAGAUUCGCCGCCAUUUGCGCAACGUACAUAAACACCUCUUUAAGAAAACUGACUACUCAGAUGAAUUAGCAGAAAAGUAUAUAAUCGCAACGACCAAUUCAAAUCAAGCAAUAAAUAAAGAAGCAGCGUCAGUAUAUGUACUGGAAGACUCAAUCGAAAUGCUUGAGGAGCAUGCUGAAGACAUUCCACUAAAUAUGCUAUCCGUUUAAGCUGAUCAUUUUGGAUUAAAUAUUAUGGAAUAUUACUAGUCACAAAUAGAAGUAAUAAUUGAAAAUGUAGCCAAAUUUUAGUGAAUAAUAUUUAUUAAAUACGUAAAUAUAGUAAUAAAAAACAUCAUCAUUGAUGCCGUAUACAUUAAGCUA